AUGUUGUCAAAUCGAACCUGCAAGUGUGGGCACUGCAAGAAACUUGCUCCAAAGGGCCAACCUGCUACUUACACAUGGGCUGCUACCAAGUACGAGGUCCAAGGGUUCCCAACCAUCAAGAUCUUCAGAGACCAGGGGAAGAACAUUCAGGAAUAUAAGGGCCCUAGGGAGGCUGAUGGCAUUGUGCAUUACUUGAAGAAGCAGGUUGGCCCUGCGUCCAAGGAGAUCAAGUCACCGGAAGAUGCGGCGGCCCUUAUCGAUGACAAGAAGAUCUACAUUGUUGGUAUCUUCGCUGAAUUCAGCGGCACCGAAUUUACAAACUUCAUGGAGGUCGCAGAGAAGCUGAGGUCUGACUACGAAUUGCUUGGUUCCUACUCCUACCUUAUAAAUAUUUGGCAAUGGACAUUGCUCACUCCAAUAAAAUCUCCAGCAUUUCUUUCAUAG